CUCGGUGCUCCCCGCCCCACCAGUCCGCAGACGGCUCCUCGGGGAUCGCGCUCUUUCCCAGGGCUGCAGCCCCGCCGCCCCGAGGAUGGAGAGGAAGGCGCGGAGCCCCUCCAGGGAGCGCCACCGGCGAAGCGGCCAGUCCUCCCCGGGGGAGAGCAGGAGGGCAAAGGCCGAGAGGAGCAGCGGAGGCCGCGGGACCCGGGAUGUUGGGCUGGAGCAGCCGCCUGGACCCUCAGCAAGGCCCGCGGAGCCACGAGCACCCGCUGCCACCGUGGUGGACGUGGACGAGGUCCGGGGCUCCGGGGAGGAGGGCACCGAGGUGGUGGCGCUGCUGGAGAGUGAGCGCCCAGAGGAAGGUACCAAGUCCUCCGGCUUAGGAGCCUGUGAGUGGCUUCUUGUCCUUGCCUCCCUGCUCUUCAUCAUUGUGACUUUCCCUUUUUCCAUCUGGUUCUGCAUAAAGGUUGUACAAGAGUAUGAGAGAGUAAUUAUAUUUCGACUGGGACAUCUGCUUCCUGGAAGAGCCAAAGGUCCUGGUCUGUUCUUCUUUUUGCCCUGCCUGGAUACUUACUACAAGGUUGACCUUCGUCUCCAAACCUUGGAGGUACCCUUUCAUGAGGUUGUGACCAAGGAUAUGUUUAUAAUGGAGAUAGAUGCCAUCUGCUACUACCGAAUGGAAAACGCCCCUCUUCUCCUAAGCAGUCUCGCCCAUGUGUCCAAAGCUGUCCAAUUUCUUGUCCAAACCACCAUGAAGCGUCUCUUAGCUCAUCGAUCUCUUACAGAAAUUCUUCUAGAGAGGAAGACCAUUGCCCAAGAUGUAAAGGUCGCCUUGGAUUCAGUGACCUGCAUUUGGGGAAUCAAAGUGGAGAGAACAGAAAUUAAAGAUGUGAGGUUGCCUGCCGGGCUUCAGCACUCGCUAGCUGUGGAAGCUGAAGCACAAAGACAGGCCAGAGUGCGGAUGAUAGCUGCAGAAGGGGAGAAGGCUGCCUCCGAGUCCCUGAGGAUGGCAGCUGAGAUUCUGUCAGGAACCCCGGCCGCCGUUCAGCUUCGAUACCUCCACACUCUUCAGUCUUUGUCCACAGAGAAACCUUCCACUGUAGUUUUACCUUUGCCAUUUGAUCUGCUAAAUUUCCUGCCCACUCCCAGCAAUCGAACUCAAGGAAGCAUCCCCCUCCCAAAUUCUGCCAAACCUGUUGAGCCACUAAAUCCCAAAAAGAAAGACUCUCCCAUGUUAUAGGGUAGAUGGGCAAAGCAUAAUAUAACUGUAAAGGGGAUCUGCAUCAGACACUGUCCUUUGGUUGCCAAAUGGAAUGUCCUUACAUCAAAAUACAGACACAGAAGAUGGUGAAAUGCUGUAAGGAUAUAGAAGGCACCUCACAAGUUUAGGUGGAUCAUCUAAUCAGAGUAAUUAAGGGAAAGAGCUUUUGUAUACAUUCUAAUUUGGGAAAAAUUUGAUUCUAAACAUAGUUCAAAUGUCCCUUUUACUGUAUAGUCUGGCCCUUUUGGCAAGGUUUCUGCAGCCCCCAUAUCCCUUUCUCUGAGCCCCUAUCGUUGUGCUUAUCACACUCGAUUGUAAACCUGUACCUAAGAUUCAGGUUUCUCUCCAACUACACUCGGUUCUUCAAAGGAACUGCUCACGCACGGCCCCCAGUACACUUAAUCCUUUAGCUCCACCCCAGUUCCUCACAUCUAACCCUGGUAGCUGCACAGUAGUGACACCUCAGUGUUCCUGAGUAUAUGCAAGAAGAGAUGUGCUUGUGUUGGACAUAAAAUUUACCCCUAAUUAAAAGAAUUUAAAAGG